UCGUCAAUCGUGCCACUUCCUUUUGCUUAGGACAACUCACCAGAGCACGAUCCUGCAUUUCCUCCAGCUUAAUUAGCGCGAGCUCCACGCUUUACUUAGCAAGUGACAUGGAGGCCCAAAACCACGAGGUGGCUGCCUUGGUGCAAAAGAUCGCCGGCCUCCACGCCGCCAUCGCCAAGUUGCCGUCGCUGAGCCCGUCCCCCGACGUCGACGCGCUGUUCACCGACCUCGUCAUGGCCUGCGUCCCGCCGAGCCCCGUUGACGUGACUAAGCUCGGCCCCGAGGCGCAGAAGAUGCGGGAGGAGCUCAUCCGCCUCUGCUCCGAUGCCGAGGGGCAGCUCGAGGCGCACUACUCCGACAUGCUCGCCGCCUUCGACAACCCGCUUGACCACCUCGGCCGCUUCCCUUACUUCAGCAACUACAUCAACCUGAGCAAGCUGGAGUACGAUCUCCUGGUCCGAUACGUCCCGGGCCUCGCGCCAUCCCGAGUCGCCUUCGUGGGGUCAGGCCCCUUGCCGUUCAGCUCGCUCGUGCUCGCCGCGCGCCACUUGCCGAACACGUCGUUCGACAACUACGACAUGUGCAGCCCCGCCAACGACCGUGCGCGGAAGCUGGUCCGCGCGGACAAGGACUUGCGUGAGCGCAUGUCCUUCCACACUGCCGACGUCGCCAACCUGAGGGACGAGCUCAGCAAGUACGACGUGGUUUUCCUUGCCGCGCUCGUUGGCAUGGCGGCCGAGGACAAGGCCAAGGUGGUCGCGCACCUUGGCAGGCACAUGGCGGACGGAGCGGCCCUUGUUGUCCGGAGCGCGCAUGGUGCUCGUGGGUUCCUGUACCCUAUCGUUGAUCCUGAGGACAUCCGCCGUGGAGGGUUCGACGUGCUGGCCGUGUACCACCCGGACGACGAGGUGAUCAACUCCGUCAUCAUCGCGCGUAAGCUGGACGCCCGCGCGAACAGACUUCAGAUGAAUGGGCGUGCUCACACUAGCGGCCCGGUGCCGAUAGUGAGCCCGCCGUGCAAGUGCUGCAAUAUGGAGGCGCACGCGCUGCAGAAGAGGGAGGAGAUGACGACGAAGGAACUGUCCGUUUGACGCGACGAAACGAGGAGCCAUGCGUGGUAAUUAUAAGUCGAUCGCUGUUUGAUAACGUAAUCUCUUGGUAUUGUUCCUACGUGCUUCUUUGUUUGACGUCAUGCGUUGUGUAAGUGUGUAAUACUUCCUUAUGUAUGUGUUGUGUGCCAACACUUAUGUGUCCGAUGCGAAAGACAUCGAUGAGAACAGUAUGCCAAGG